AUGGCUUUGCAACAGUUUGAUUACAUUUUUGCCAUUACAAUGCUCUUUGCAUUCUUGGAUGCAUACAAUAUUGGUGCCAAUGAUGUUGCCAACUCGUUUGCUUCCUCUAUUUCAUCUAGAUCCUUGAAAUACUGGCAGGCUAUGAUCCUUGCUGCUUUAUGUGAAUUUUUGGGGGCUGUCUUAGCGGGUGCUAGAGUCUCUGGUACCAUCAAGAACAAUAUUAUUUCUGCUUCACCUUUCGAAGAUGAUCCAGCUGUGUUAAUGUUAACUAUGGCAUGUGCUCUUGUCGGUUCUGCCACUUGGCUUUCAAUUGCGACAUCUAUUGGUAUGCCAGUGUCAUCGACUCAUUCUAUCGUUGGUGGUACCAUCGGUGCCGGUAUUGCUGCCGGUGGUGCCAAGGGUGUCCAAUGGGGUUGGGGUGGUGUUUCUCAAAUUAUUGCUUCUUGGUUUAUUGCUCCAAUCUUAGCCGGUUGCUUGGUCACUAUUAUUUUCUUGAUCUCCAAGUUCCUGGUCUUGGAUGUUAAGCCAAUUGAAAAAGCUAUUAAGAACGCUUUACUACUCGUCGGAUUUUUGGUGUUCGCUACCUUCUCGGUGUUGACUAUGUUGAUCGUUUGGAAGGGUUCUCCAAACUUGAAGUUGGAUAAAUUGUCUGGCACAACUACCGCAUUGGCUAUUGUUCUUACUGGUCUAGUCGCUUGUGCUGUUUACUUCAUCUUCUUGUACCCAUACUACAGAAGAAGAAUCUUGCACAGAGACUGGACCCUAAAAUGGUAUGAUAUUUACAGAGGCCCAACUUUCUACUUCAAGUCCACUGACGACAUUCCACCUCUACCUGCUGGACAAUCUUUAACCAUUGAUUACUACGAAGGUAGAAGAUUCGAAGAUGAAACUGCCGGAGAUGAUGAAACCCAAAUUGAAACUUCCCACACCGCCGAUGGAAGAGAUACUGUAGAGGGACAUAUUGAAAUUAACGACAAGGAAUCUGUCAACCAAAGUAUCAAAUUGGUGCAAACAGAAACUUUGCAAGAAGAAAAACCAACUACCAAACAGCUAUGGUGGUCAUUGCUAAAACAAGGACCAAAGAAGUGGCCUCUAUUACUUUGGUUGAUUGCUUCUCACGGUUGGACUCAAGAUGUUAUUCAUUCUCAGGUCUACGAUACAGGUGCUUUGUCAACAGAUUUCAAGGACAUGUACAAGAGAUCUGCCUUCUAUGACAACAGAAUCGAAUUCAUCUAUUCUAUCUUGCAAGCUAUUACCGCCGCCACUAUGUCUUUUGCUCACGGUGCCAAUGAUGUUGCCAACGCCACUGCACCACUAGCUGCCGUGUAUGACAUCUGGCAGAAAAACACUGUGGAAUCUAAGUCUGACGUUCACACAUGGGUUUUAGCAUACUGUGCCGCUGCAUUGGUCCUCGGUUGUUGGACAUACGGUUACAGAAUCAUCAAGAACUUGGGUAACAAGAUGAUUUUGCAAUCUCCAUCCAGAGGGUUCUCCGUUGAACUUGGUGCUGCUGUUACCACUGUUAUGGCAACACAAUUAAGUAUUCCUGUUUCUACUACUCAAGUUGCUGUCGGUGGUAUUGUGGCCGUUGGUCUUUGUAACAGGGAUUUGAAAUCCGUUAACUGGAGAAUGGUCGCUUUCUGUUACAGUGGUUGGUUCUUAACUCUUCCAAUGGCUGGUCUCAUUGCAGGUAUCUUGAACGGUAUCAUCUUGAACGCACCACGUUACGGUGGAGAUUACCAAUUAUCAUAA